AUGUCACCAACGAUUCGUUCCUUCCUCGAGUCUCGUACAUCAGUGUUUUCACGCGACGACGAAGCCACUGGCACUCCGAGUCAAGCAGCCCCUUCCACUCCAAGCUCCAUAUAUAUAAUCGGCUUUGUCCUGGCUCCCUUGGUCCUUUUGAGCACCAUUCUCUGGCUAUCCAUCCGAUGGUACAGACGCAGGGUGAGGACCACGCAGCGAGAGAAGCCUUCGGGUGCUUUCCUUUCAAUUCGUGGCUUAGUCAAAAUCUUGAAUGGAGAGGGCGGAGAAAUCCAGGAGAAGUCUACUGACCUUAGUCAAGUCAGGAAACCUGGUGUGACUCCAGCAGGAGAAUUCAGCCGUGCCAACAUGACCUCUUCCAUCGUGUUCCCAGACAAAGUCAUCACUAGAACGCCUCGCUCUCCCAGGUUGUCUUCACACCGCAAUUCUCUUCGUCUUUCUCGAGAGACAACUCGUUCGCCACGUCCGAGUCAACGUUCAUCGCAACAAUCGCCUUCACCUUUUCGUCACGACUCUGGUAGUUCUCGACCUCGCAUCUCCAUUUUGCGCUUUGACUCGGCCUCACCGAAUCGUUCGUCUGUAAUCUCCUCCAGGGGGUCAUCAUCUUCCUCCUCUAUUUCACGUACAGUACGUCAGCAGUUCGAGCCCGUGCUGCCCGACGAACUUCGAGUACGUAAUGGUGAACACCUGGUCAUUCUGCAGUCAUUUGAUGAUGGUUGGUGUUCCGUUGGGAGAGAGCCAAAACGAGUAUCAGUAUUGAUACCUGCUGCAUUCCGACCCAAAACCAGCGAUUCGAACAGCGUGGAGCUAGGCGUCGUUCCUGCUUGGAUAUUCACCAAGCCGAUGAGAGGUGUCUACGCUGAACGACCCUUGAGAAGCUCUAGUCUGGCUGGCGCAUCUGACCUUUUGCCCGACGGCCCUCCCAGAGAAGCGGUCGUGUCUUGGUCAAAUUUUGCGUAA